GGCGACGGGCUGCGCCGUGCGGCUGUGGCGUUGCGUUUCCUUCCUCUCUCGCCCCACGCUCCCGGCAGCCCGCCGUCCUCCCGCGCGCGUCGCCCGGCUGACGGUCGGCGCCGUCGGUCGGUCCCGCUCAGCACCGCGCGCUCUGCCCAGUCCAGGCUCCGCGGCCCGGCUGAGCGCCCCCUCGCCCCGGCGGUGCGGGCACCCGAGCGGGACAACGAGCGAGCGAGCGAGCGAGCCGAGCGGGCGGGCGGGUCCUCGGCGACCGGGGGGUCGCGGCGCCGCGAAGAUGGUGGCCAAGCAGCGGAUCCGGAUGGCCAACGAGAAGCACAGCAAGAACAUCACCCAGCGCGGCAACGUCGCCAAGACCUCGAGAAAUGCCCCCGAAGAGAAGGCGUCGGUAGGACCCUGGUUGUUGGCUCUCUUCAUUUUUGUCGUCUGUGGCUCUGCUAUUUUCCAGAUUAUUCAAAGUAUCAGGAUGGGCAUGUGAAGUGACUGACCCUAAGAUGUUUCCAUUCUCCUGUGAAUUAUAACUUGAACUCAUUCCUGAUGUUUGAUACCCUGGUUAAAAACAAUUCAGUAAAGCAUCCUGCCUCAGAAUGAUUUUUCAUAUCAUCCUUCAUGUGUCAUUCCAAGGUUUCUUCACGAGUCAUUCCAGGUUUUCUAGUCCAUACCACAGUGCCUUGCAAAAGCACCACAUGAAUAAAGCAAUAAAAUUUUAUUGUUAAGCUACGGUAGUGAACCCUACUUAUUUAGUCAGCAAAGAAUUAAGGUUUUGGGGUUUUUUUUAAUGUGGUUAUUAAGUCAGUAUACAACAUAGAUAAUUAGAUGUAAGUCUGUAGGUAGGGUCUGGAUUUGUUAACCCUAAUGUAUAAAUGCAGUUAGCCUAAUUUAAAAUUUGGAAUCUUAUGGUUUUUAUAUAGCUAGGCACUUUAUUACUAUCUCUUGAAAGCACACUCCCAAAUAGUCAUGUAACUGACUGUAAGAAGGUGCUUUUAAGUGGAACAACUACACAGCCUAGUUUUCCCAUGAUCUUUGUCACCUAAAUUUAAAAUCUUUCAAAUGCCUAGUGUACAGGGAGAUGCUUAUAGGCACAAUGUCUAUUUUAACUAUUGUUGGUAUCAAACUACCUUGGGUUUUGCAUGAAUGAAUAUACUAACUUAAGAUGCCUUUUUUUUUUUUUAAAGCAGUCACUUUGGUUUCACUAAAAGCUUUCCCAAUGAAGUAAAGUCAGGAAAGGUUUAUGUCACCAUUGAUUUCAAUAUGUCAAAGGGGUCUACUAGGUAACAUUUUAGGGAAAAAUACUACUAAAAACAGAUGCCUCAUCAGGACAUCUGUUGAGUCCAAUGUGCCAUUAAGACAUCUUAGCAUGUUGAUAGCACUUUUCAGUACCAAAAAGGCACAUCGAUUAAAAAAGUGACAUCUAAAAAGGAAAAAAAAAAAAGUGACAGUUUGAAAAAUGCAUUUUCUAGAUUUGUGAUUAAAAUGCUUUUAGCAUUUCAAGAUAGAUUUGCGUCAUCUGAAAUUAAGUGGCUUUACUGAUAAAGAUCAGCCUUUAGUCUUCCUCUGCUAAGUGAUUUUUUAGGUUAUAGUUCAAUGAUCGAUUUUUUUACUUAUGAUAAGGGUAACAAGGCAGGUUUUGGGUUUUUCUGGUACUGUUAAAAACAAGUGUUGGCUAUUGAUACUUUUCCGGAACUUGAUGAAAACAAGCCUGAGAGGUGUCUCAUGUAUUAAUGAAUUGGACAGAAAGCUGCUUAUUUGUUUAUUGCCUCAGGAUAUCUCUUAAAGCUGUAUUAUCAAGAGGAACAGAAGGGCAAUCUGCUACCUAGUUAAUACACAGCAUGAACCUCAGUUUCUGAUGCCCCCACUUGUGGGGGAGAGUGAGGAAAAGAAGUGGUCAAAGGCAUUUAAGAACUUGACUACUUUGAAAUAGGAACAGAAUCAAUCCGCUGAGCUUGGGCCAGCAGGCUUUUGUCUGCAUUGUUACCUGCCUUUCUCACCCAGGAAAUCAGCCCCUUUCCUUGUUAUCCUCUUUGAAACAAUUAUUUUGGUUGACUAAUUCUGUCUUAUUUUAACUUUAAAAAUGAAAGUUAAUUGUUCUGAUUCAUAGCAGGUGCCUUAUUAUUAUUAUUUUGCUUGGAAUCAAACCAUUCCAUAUCAGAAUUGCCCUUAGUUUAGUUUACUGGCUUUAAGAUGUUGUUUUUUUUUUUUUUAAUGUCUUUGUUAAUGUGACUUAAAUUUUUAUAGUUAGCAAUCAUUUCACAUAUGUAAAGUCACAUUCCCUUUGUAUUUUGUGUGUAAUUUACCAAUUGAGUGCAUUUUAUAUUAAGAAUGAAUUAUGCAUGUUUGAGUCAAUGAAAGCUAUGUCUUAUUUGAUUUAUCCUUUAAAAAUAAAGCUCCCUGAAUAUUUGAUGCUUACUAAAAGAAAAUGAUUUUACAGAGUUCUUACCUGAGUGUACUUUUUAUGAUGGAUAGAAAAUUAUUUUAAAGAAUACUGUAUUUGAGUUAAAAUAAAUAUUGCCUAGAGGCAGAUUUAAGGCUUAUAACUGGAAAUAGGUAGCAAGGAAAAUAUAUAAAAGCACAAUUAAAUGUUAUUGAUAGCACCUGAGUCUGGCUGAAGAGAAAAACACCAUUCUUUCGGUUUCUCUUCCCCUACUAAAUUUUAUGUCACUUAAUGUUGAGCACAAUAAAAUACUGUAUUAGGAUUGUUGA